AUGAGCAGCCCGUCCAAGCGCAACCUCUUCUUCCCCGCCUCCGACUCGGAGAGUGAGGGCGAGGUCGAGGUCGUGGACGCGCCUCAAAGCGACGCUCCUUCCGCGCGGAAGGAGGCGUUAUUCAUUCCAGACGACGACGACGACGACAUUGUCGCGACCGGCUCGGCACCGGCGCGCUCGUCUCCAGGUCCGUCUUCUUCCAGACCAGCCUCCUCGUCCCGACUUCCUUCAUCUGCCAUGCAGCCUUCCUCGCCAUUACCCCCCUCGGCAGGACCAUCGCGGCGUACCAAGCGCCCAGCGAGCCAAGAGCAGUCGACUGUGCGCCCCGGCUUUGUGCGCGGAUACCUCGGCGAGUUUGUGUGCGAGGGGUGGUCACUGUCCAAGGGCAAGGGCUACUGCUCGCCUGGGAGCAAGAUCGUAUUCGAGCGGCCUAAGGCCAAGGCUGCCAGUACGACCGUUGGGCCGGACAGCAGUGCGAAGCUCGGUCCGGCAAGGCUGGUCAAUGGCAAGGUCGUGCAUGCCAAGGCCAAGAUAGGAGGAAAGCAGAUGACGUUGGGCGCCAUGAUGAAGAAGGCACCUCCACCCAACACGAAGAAGGCGGCGGCGAAGAAGAUCGACCAGGUCGUCCGGUUCCGCAACGAGCGGGGCUUUGAGGUCGGGCGCCUGUCUGUUGCCGAGGCCGGAUUCUUAGUCAACCUGCUCGACACUGGCGUCAUUGAGCUCGAAGGUCAUGUUAUCGACUGCCCACAAGUCUUGGCCACGGGGAGUACGAUCCUGCUCAACGUCAAGGUGUACCUCGCACGGAAGGGGUUUGAGAAGAUCGAGAAGAAGGAUCGCUCAGGCGAGAGCAGCACCUUCUGGCAGGAGCAGCAGGAGACGGCAGAGGAGGAAGUCAUGCGCUCACGAAAGGAGGCUCUGGGAGCACUAUUCAACCGCAUUGGCGUCAAGCCACUGCAGUCCAACGAGCUCGUGCUAGCACAGAAGAAGCCUGGAUCGGCUGCUGCCGUGUUCGACACCAGCCUCCCGAAGUCGACUCAGUCGCCACGGAAAGCUCCACAAAAGAGCCCAAGUCCCACGUCUAACGGCAAUGGCAAGGGCAAAGCGUCGGCGAGCGCCAGCGAUGACGAGGACGAGGACUCGGGCGACGAGGAGGAGAAGCUUAACGACGAGCAACUAAACGAGAUCGACACCAUCUACCGAAAGGCGCAAAUGAAUGAUGCCAACCUCCUCGAGUCCGAACCACCAGACACUUUCCUCUACACCUUGCGACCGUACCAGAAACAGGCGCUCACCUGGAUGGAGGCUCGCGAGGCUGGUAAGGACAACCUGCGAAACUCGAACCAGACCUUGCACCCCUUGUGGGAGGAAUACGCCUUCAGGAAGGAUCGCGAGGUGGGCGAUCCCAUAGAGAUCGAGGAUGACGACGACUAUAUCGACCCAUCGCGAAAGUUCUUCUGGAAUCCGUACAGUGGCGAGCUCAGCCUCGAGUUCCCGCGGGCCGAGAACACGGCACGCGGUGGGAUCCUUGCGGAUGCGAUGGGCAUGGGCAAGACGUGCAUGAUGGCAUCACUCAUCCACGCCAACCGCGAUGACGACCAACCAGAACCAUCUCAGCCUGAAGAGGUACAGGAGGAAGCGCCAUCGAAGCGGCGCAAGUUUGUGCAAGUCGCGUUGUCUAGCAAGUGGCAGGCCGUCGCAAACGCACCCAAGCCGAAGCGCCAGCCUCCCCGCGCAACGCUGGUCGUCUGCCCAGUCUCUCUUGCGGCGCAGUGGAAGGACGAGCUUGACAAGAUGAGCGCUCCUGGGUCGAUCGCGGCAGCGUUGUGGUAUGGCAACGACCGAGCGGACAUCACCCGCCUCCUGGCUCAGGAGGGCAAGAGGAAGGUCGACGUCGUCAUUACAAGCUAUGGAACGCUGGGGAGCGAAUACGCACGGUGGAAGAAGAACAAAGACAAGUCCAACUACGACGGCAGCAGCAUCUACGACUACGAGUUUCUCCGCAUUGUGCUCGACGAGGCGCACAACAUCAAGAAUCGCACGGCGCAGAUCUCGAAAGCUUGCUAUGAGCUGAAGGGAAGGCGGCGGUGGGCGCUCACUGGUACUCCCAUCGUUAACCGUCUUGAUGAUCUCUACUCACUUCUUCACUUCCUCCGCUUGGAACCGUGGGGAUUAUACAGCUUCUUCCGCAGCUUCGUGACAAUCCCCUUCCUCAACCAGGACCCUAAAGCGAUCAAUGUCGUACAGUUUAUCCUCGAGUCGUGCCUUCUGCGCCGCGAGAAGAACAUGCGGGACAAGGACGGUCGUCUUGUCGUUGACCUGCCUCCAAAGACGGUCGACGUGCAGGUGCUCGAUUUUUCCCGAACGGAGCGACAGAUCUACAAACAACUGGAGACUCGUGCCCGGAAGCGCUUCAUCGAGCUGGACGCCGACGGGAAAGCCAUGUCCCAUUACACAUCCAUCCUCGCCAUGCUCAUGAAGUUGCGACAGUGUGUCGACCACCCGUUGCUUGUGAUGAGCAAGGGUGGAGACGAGGACGAGUCUGGUGACAAGUUGCUAGACGCCGACGCUGGGGACGGCACAGGCGAGGAUAACGUCAAGGAGUUGAUAUCGUCGUACGCCGGUGGCGGCGGCUCGGACGCGGUGGAUCCAGAAUACGCCGUGCAGGUGUUGAAGGAGCUCGGCGACGCUGAGUCGACACCUGAGUGUCCCAUCUGCUUUGGCGAGGUAUUCGACGAGGUGCUCCUGCCAUGCUACCAUCGGGGGUGCCAGGACUGUAUUGUCAACUACAUCGGUCACUGCGAUGAUCUGGGCAGGGAAGCGACUUGUCCGACAUGCGGCAAGGGACCGCUACAUGUGUCCGAUCUGCGGACGGUUCAUCGUCGGCGCAAGAGGGCGAACCCGUUCGAGGGCACUGCGUCGCAGGACACGGUGACGAUUGGCAAGGUAGACCUCGUGUCGAGCACAAAGCUACGGGCCCUGGUGCGCAAACUUGAGAGCAUGCGGCAGGAAGAGCCGACGUUCAAGGCGCUGGUGUUCUCGCAGUUCACCUCCUUCCUCGACCUCAUCGAGCGGACGUUGACGAAGGAGGGCGUGCGGUGGCUUCGCUUUGACGGCUCAAUGAGCCAACUGCAGCGGGCAGCCUGCGUUGAGGAGUUUGGCAAGUCGGUGAAAGAGCCUGUGGUCCUUCUCAUCUCUCUAAAGGCUGGAGGGGUGGGGCUGAACCUGACGAUGGCGAACCACGUCUUCAUGAUGGACACAUGGUGGAACGAGGCGAUCGAGCAGCAGGCGAUUGAUCGCGUCCAUCGGCUCGGACAAACGCGGCCAGUCUUUGUAACUCGCUAUAUCAUCAAAGGCACGGUCGAGAAGCGGAUCAUUAAGAUCCAGCGCACGAAGACGGCGUUGAUCAACGCGUCGUUGGGUGGGCAGAAGCAACGCGCGACGUUGUCGGACAUCAAGAAGAUAUUCGGCCUGGACGAGGCCGACUCGGAGGACGAAGCUGUCUAG